AAUGGCCGGUUGCGAGUGAAUCGUGCUACUCCAGCAGAUGCGCCAAGUUCUUAUGAGUAUGAUCAGAGAGCUCGCCAGAAUUUGAGAAAAUGCCCGAAGCUGUUAAGAUUGAUGAAGUGCGACUGGCUAGCGAUCUUGAGAAGAAGUCCGUUGACGGUUUUGUGCUGUAUGAAGGUGAUGAACCGGCGGCAAUUCUUCUCUUCUACUAUGCCUACCACUUGGGAAGACAAUAUAUCCAUAUGGAGGACGUAUGUACACCACAUCCGCCGUAAAGGAUACGGUCGAUUGCUGUGGAGAGAACUUGGAGUGUUGGCCAAGGAACUACAUGUAGAACGACUCCAAUGGAAUGUGCUCGAUUGGAAUUCCAAUGCAAUCGCUUUCUAUGAGACGUUGCCGUGCGAGAAUCUCACAAAGAAGGAGGGUUGGUUACUGUAUCGACUAGACGCUGAAGGAAUAGCUGCCUUGGCACAACCGAAGAACUCAACUCCUCGACAGGAACAAAAACUCCAAAACGGUAGUGAAUGA